AUGUGGGGAGCGCUGGGGAGGUUCUUCGUGGCGCAAGCCCCGGCCCGGCGGAUCGUUCUUCACGCCGUGCCCGCGGGGGUGGCCUUCCUCACCGUAGCCCAUGUUACCAUGGCCACCCACUUUUCCAAGGAUCAGGAGGAGAGAAUCAAGUGUGUUAAGGGGGACCUUUUCUCGUGCCCCCAGACGGAUGCGUUGGCUCAUUGCAUCAGCGAGGACUGUCGCAUGGGUGCAGGCAUAGCUGUUCUUUUUAAGAAAAAGUUUGGAGGCGUACAAGAGCUGUUGGAUCAACAAAAGAAGACUGGGGAGGUGGCAGUUCUCCAGAGAGAGGACCGAUACAUUUACUACCUGAUUACGAAGAAGAAAGUUUCUCACAAACCAACAUAUGAGAAUAUGCAAAAGAGCUUAGAAGCCAUGAAAGCUCACUGUCUGAACAAUGGAGUUACUGACAUUUCCAUGCCUAGGAUUGGAUGUGGACUUGACGGCCUGGAGUGGAAUAAAGUUUCAGCAAUACUUGACCAAGUGUUUGAAGACACAGAUAUAAAGAUCACAGUUUACAGUCUGUAA